AUGGUUCAGUCUUCGGACAGCACGGAGGGUGCGAGUCCCCAGAGUACUCGACCAGACUCUGGAAACUUUAUCCGCCCCUUUGUUCCACGAAAGGGCACACAGCGACAUUGCGACCACCUUGAAAAGCUCCAGGCCGUCGCGUGCAACCCCAGGGAGCGGAAAAUCGAAUCCACAGACGUCUCUGAUUUGUUGGAGACACUUUCCUCGACAGACAGCAUUUACGGGUACUGGGAGGUCAACGGGCAGUUGUUCGAGGAGCCUACUUGGGCCACCAUCGUCUGCUGCGAUACGUUUGAGGUCGUGGUGCAAUGCCCACCAGGAAAGCGCAUCACACUUGGGAAUUUGGACCUCGCAGUCAUCCUGUUGUCGUGCCUCGAGCAUGCAAACGGCGACGCAUUCGUCCGAAAGGUGUCAUCAACCUCAAAGUGCUGGCCGACGGGCCACGUCGACUUCAGGUGGCUACUACGAGGGACGCUGGCGGAGGAUGGGCCGGGACCGGACCUGAAGGGCGACUCGCCGCCGUUUGCGCAGCCACCAAAGCCCGCCAACAGACUAUUCAGCCCGAUCAAGCAGCUCAAGCUGGCGACCCAGUCGCUGGAAAAGAAGCGGACCCUUUCGAUUGACCAGCUACGAUCUCCCACGUCGCCGACCAACCCGUCCCUGCUGCAGCGCUGGGAUUCUGCGAGGCGGCAGAGCCUUGACCCCUCCGGUGGGAUUUGUGCGUCGCCGACCACACAGUCGCACGAGAAGCGGCGGUCUUCUACCUGGAAGGAGCGGACGUCUUCCUUGUUUCAGUCAAAGCGACAGUCCCAUCAUUCCACAUCGUCCAAAUCCAGCACCUCUCAUUCCACAUCCUCCUCCUCGUCUUCCGAGUCCAGAAGCACAGUCAUUGGGGGUUCCGAAGUGAUGUGGAAUCAGCCAUUUAUGCCGUCGCAAGCCUUCUCAAAAAUCUAA